AUGAAUGGCCUGCAUCCCAAGAUAACUACCAGUUGUCGGGUUUAUUUACUGCAGAUUAUUCCGAAACAGCCGUCGUUUGGUGCCAAGCCUGCGUUGGUGGCUUGGCCGCUUGGCCACAGUACGUCACAGGGCGGAACCGCUGGGCGAGGCCAGAAUCACGCCUACAACAGCACGCGAGGUCCCCGGCUCCCAACGGAUCUCACCACUUGCAUCAGCGCACCGUCGCUGCCGUUCUCUGGCUCAUCAGCUUUGACUAUUAUCCGAAAUACCCUGCGCCUCCUCCGCCUAACACCGGCCGAUUACCAUAUACGAAACCGAUACAGUGGCUGGGCCACGCCGCGCCGCCGGGCUCGGAACAUUCGCGUUCGCUCAACGGAAAUGGAGCAACCGCCUCUCGUGCAGCUGGCCCCCAUCGCCAACUUGGGAGGAUGGUACAACCUCUCGACUUGGGCCACCAACAUGACUCGCUAUGUGCCGUCCUUUGACGAUCUGGUCUGGGCAGGACCCCGAAUUCUCGAUAAGCUCGGUUCCUACCUCGCCUUGGCCGACCAGCCUAAUCUUGCGCCUAAUGCCGACACCGGGCUGCUCGGGACCACGUCUACUGCCGCAUAUAACAUCAUGGACAGCAAUACGUCACCCGCCGCCGCGGCUGCACAUGAUUCACCAGCAUUUCUAUCCUUCGAAAAUGCACGCAACUUGGGGAGUGUCUUCUCCUACGCUACCAGUCGAUGGGCCAUGUCGUGCAUCGCCAUGGCCCUCAUACUAAACCGAACACAUAUUUUCGCUGCCACUCGUCGCAGACUACGUCUUCAAUGGAAACUGAGGUUGCUUCUUCGCUUCUUCCCCAUCGUCUUCCUCAUCAUGCAGGUUCGCCGUCUACUCAUGUCGAUGCAGUGCCAGACCUCGGCCGACUUUGCUGAGCUUCGAUGGGGAGAUCCCACCAAGCACUCGCGCUUUUUACAUGCGCAUUCAAACCAUUUUUUGAAUAGCCUGAGCUCUGCUCUACUCUUAGGUGCAACUGAUGAACAGUCCUGUGCAGCUGUUCAGAUGAUUCCGGUAGCGGGCCAAGCCACGUCCACAUUGGUUGGCUCCCUGUCAGUUAUGUGGCCUUUGUUUGCUACAUUCUGCUUGAGCCACUUUAUCGAAACCGUGUCUUGUGCAGUUCAAGGCAGGACACUCUCGGCGGAAACCGGCAUGACGCUGUUCGAGCAAUCGCUCGCCUUUGCGGAAGCCGAUGCUACGAUCAGUAACCAGCUUGCACAACUCAAUUGGGAGUCCAGGCCACAAGCAGGAUCAACUGGCUCUACAGCCAGUACCGGUGCAGUCGUUAAUCUGCUAACGAAGUCAAUGUUGAUAAAGCGAGUCAACACACCCCCGGAGGUGCUACUCGUCGCCUUUUUAUCUGCCAUGACACAUCUCACGAGUCAUUUCCUGGGCCUGUUUGAUCUACAGGCCAAGUUUCGACUCGUCAAUACUGGUUUCUGGGGUAUUUGCUUCAUGGGGAGCAUCGUUUGGAGCGCUUUCUCUUUUGACCUCGACGAUUCCGCUUCCCAAGGCCUCUUGCGCUUUCCUACCGUUUGUAUCAUUGGCUUCGUGCCUCACGUUCUGGUGUUCGUCGGCAUUGUGCUUUGUUUCAUCAUAUACGGCCUCGCUCUACUGCUAUCCGCACUCUCUCCACCGCCCAACCAGGAGCGUUCUUCCAUGUCGUUUAGACAGCGGCUCAUCUACGCUCACGAAAACAUGCAAGCAAACGUUUCCUUUGCGGAAGUUAGAAUCACGAGAGACAUGGAUUUCUACACGGCUCUUCUACGUACUGGUUUUGCCGCCAUCACAAUGGCUAGCGAAGCUGUCUACUUGAAUGAAGACAACGGUGUGAACUUGAAGCGCCACACAUGGCUUGAAGAGGCUAGAUAUAGAGAAGCCGAAGAGAUGCAGAGGCAGUGGGUUGGACUUGGCCAUGCUAGCUCACAGUAUGACCGCAUUGGAGCCAUUGGACUUAUUCCUGUCAAAGAUGGCCCGAUAUUGGCACCAAAUGGCUAUGCUCGGGAAAGGGCUGCACAAAAAGUGCCCAAAGGGCGAGCGGAGCGCAGUUUCCGGGCUGGUGUUGGUGCAGCUGAUAGAAGCUCCCGCUGGGUGAUGGCACUCGACUUUUUCCUCAGCAUUAUCAGACUGUCCUGUCGUGUCUCUGCCCUGUUGAUUCUAUGGCUGCUUAAGCUAGUCCGCGUCAGACAACCUGGCUGGCUGCUGAGACUCGCAGGUAGACCAGAGUCCGUCAAGGAGGUCCAAAAACCAACCUCAACAAGCCAACAUGCAACCCGCACCAUCCCCAUCAGCCGCGAAGGCCGCUUCUCCAGGAGCGAAGGGAUCGACGUCGAGGCUGAGUUUCGCCGCAUCGGGCACAAUGGCAACGAAGAGAACUUGGACAAAGACUUGUACAGUUACUUUGUGGAAGGAGGCUGGUGGGGUUCCGGGGACUCCAGCGGUGAUUACACCCCCAACUAUGCCGACGAGGAUGAUUGGGACGCCACCAGCGUCAUUUCCCAGUCGACAUCGGCCGACGAGAGCGAUGGCGAAACGGACAGAAACCCGUGGGAGCCGGCUGACGCUGAUGACGACGAUGGCCAACGGACGCCCACGCAGCGAGCGUCUCGCCGGACACGUGAAAACACGCCGAUGGCCGACAGCCCGAUGGGCAUGUCCGAUCUAGCCCGCCUCCUACGGCCCACCAACCGGGAGGAGCGCGAGGAGGCCACCACGCUCGCGGCGCACCUGGUCAGCGACGGCGUCAUGACGCGCGGCCGCUUCCGCCGCCUCGAGCACCUCCGCAGAACUAGCAUCCUGACGAGCCCGCGCCGGCCGCCCACCGCCUCGGACAUUGCCACACCUGCACCUCUGCCCGCCUCGUUGUCCGCGCCCCAAGCGCUCACCCGCGACAUCCGCACCAAACUCGACCCGGACGAGGAGGAGACGCUACUCGAGCAGCUGCUGCUGUCGCGCCGCGAGCAGGCCCAGUCGCCGCCGCAGACGCCGACUAGGAGAGGCGCCGCCGCCGGGGCGUCGUCAGACAUCAUCACCAGCACAGGCGCCGAGGAACAGGGCCCGUUGUGCGUCGUCUGCCAGAGCGCCGCGCGCACUAUUAUCGUAUGGCCCUGCCGUUGCCUUAGUCUAUGUGAUGACUGCCGCGUGUCUCUGGCUAUGAACAACUUUGACAAGUGCGUCUGCUGCCGUCGCGAUGUUCUGAGCUUCAGCAGGAUCUACGUCCCGUAA